UCCGCUGCCGGCCCGCGGGCGGCUCGGCGGCCAUGCGGGCAGUACAGCCGCGCUCCCGGCAGCAGACCCUGGCCCUGCGGCAGCAGCUCGUCGGCUCUUCUUGCAAGCUGUUUUUUCCUAAUGAUCCAGUGAAGAUCACGAAGGCAAAAGGCCAGUAUAUGUAUGAUGAGAAUGGGAGACAGUACCUUGACUGCAUAAACAAUGUGGCUCAUGUUGGACACUGUCACCCUGAUAUAGUAAAGGCAGCCCAUGAACAGAAUCAGUUGUUAAAUACAAAUUCUCGUUACCUUCAUGACAACUUGGUUGAUUAUGCAGAGAGACUUUCAAAAACACUACCUGAGAAAUUAUGCAUCUUCUAUUUUUUGAAUUCUGGGUCUGAAGCCAACGACCUUGCCCUGAGACUGGCACGGCAGUACACAAAACACGAGGAUGUGAUUGUUUUAGACUAUGCUUACCAUGGACAUCUGACAUCUUUGAUUGACAUAAGCCCAUAUAAAUUCAGAAAUCUAGAAGGACAAAAGGAAUGGGUCCACGUGGCUCCUGUUCCAGACACAUACAGAGGACUUUAUAGAGAAGACCAUGAAGAUCCAGUAACAGCCUAUGCUGAUGAAGUAAAAAAUAUUAUUGAGCAUGCACAUAAGAGAGGCAGAAAGAUUGCUGCAUUUUUUGUUGAAUCUCUACCAAGUGUUGGUGGUCAAAUCAUUCCCCCAGCAGGAUAUUUUCAGAAGGUUGCAGAGCAUAUGCACAAGGCAGGAGGUGUAUUUAUUGCUGAUGAAAUUCAAGUUGGCUUUGGCAGGGUUGGCAAGCACUUCUGGGCAUUCCAGCUUCAGGGAGAAGAUUUCAUACCUGAUAUUGUCACUAUGGGGAAGCCAAUAGGAAAUGGGCACCCACUUGCUUGUGUAGCAACAACAAAAGAAAUUGCAGAAGCAUUUGCGGCCACAGGAGUGGAGUAUUUUAAUACAUUUGGUGGGAACCCUGUUUCAUGUGCCAUUGGAUUAGCUGUGUUAGAUGUAAUUGAGAAGGAACACCUUCAGGCUCAUGCCACAGAGGUAGGCAACUUCUUGAUGAAGACACUCAAGGAGCAGCAAAUCAAGCAUCCAAUCAUUGGUGAUGUCAGAGGUUGUGGCUUAUUCAUUGGAGUGGAUUUAAUCAAGGACCAAGAAGAAAGGACUCCAGCUACAGCAGAAGCAGAGGAUCUAAUAACAAGACUUAAGGAAAAAUAUAUUCUACUGAGUACAGAUGGGCCAGGAAGAAAUGUGCUGAAAUUCAAGCCCCCAAUGUGUUUUAAUAUAAAGGAUGCAAAAUUUGUUGUGGAGACAAUUGACAAAAUACUAACAGAUAUGGAAAAAGAAUGUCUGAACCAAUAGAAAAGACCUGUUUGUUCCACCUGAGCAGGUUUCAAACAAUGUUCAAGAUCUACUAAGAAACAUUAUUCUACUAUAAUAAUGCACAUUUAAUCUUCAUCCUAGCAUGUCUUAGACCAGAUAAGUCACCUCUGAUUUUUCUGUUUUCAUUUAUCUUGUUUUUAGUAAAAGCUCUAGGAGAAAUAAAUUUUACAAGAGCUUGUCUCAA